GCCUGCUUAUUAGUUCCUUCUUUUGACUCACUAGAUAGAGAUCCAUUAAGCCCUCAUUACAGCAAAAUUGAUAAGGAUAUUAUUUUAAAAAAUGCAUAUCAAUGGAAUAAUGGAAUAAAUCAUAUUUUGUUCAAUAUGUACUCUGGAACUUAUCCAAAAUAUUCUGAAAAAUUGGAUAUAAAUAUUGAAAAUGCUAUGUUGAUCAGUGCAAAUUUGAUAACUUACAAACAUAGAAAUAAAUUUGACCUAUCUCUUCCAUUAUUUAAUAAUAAAUUUGUAGUCAAUCAUUUUAACAAAACCAAAAUUCAAAUUUAUAAUCCCAACAAAAAGUAUUUAUUAUCUUUUAAAGGUAAGAGAUAUCUAUAUGGCUAUGGAUCUGAAACUAGAAAUUCUCUACAUUAUUUACAUGAUGGUGAGGAAAUUAUUUUAUUGACAACAUGUAAACAUGGAAAUUGGGAAAAAUAUAAGGAUGAAAGAUGUGAUAAUGACAACACAGAAUAUGAUAAAUAUGAUUACGACUCGCUACUUACGAACAGCAUUUUUUGCCUCGUUCCUCGAGGGAGAAGACUGGCCAGCUACCGUUUUUUAGAAGUUCUAAGGUUCGGUUGUAUACCCGUUAUCCUCAGUAAUGGGUGGCUCUUACCCUUUUCAGAGGUCAUCGAUUGGUCCGAAGCCUCUAUCGUCUACGACGAGGACAAUCUUUACAUGCUCACAGAUUUCCUUUAUUCCAUCACGGAGGACGAAAUCAUGAAAAUGCGGAAGCAAGUUUACGUUAUUUACAACAACUAUUUCUCGUCCUUCCAAAAGAUUGUCAAUACGAUCACUGAAAUUCUUAAAGAUCGAAUAUCUCCCGCGCAGGCGCGCCCUCACGAAGUUUGGAACACGUAUCCCGGAGCCUUGAACGUUGAUUUUUCAUUUUCCACCGAGAUGAGAGAUUUCCCAUUUUAUCAAAAAUUAAUCGAAGAUUUUGAAUUUCGUAACACCUACGUCGUUUCGAUUUUGGUAUCUUCCCAUCAACCAAAUUUUAGUUCGGGUUCAAACUUGAAUCGCAUUUUUUUGCAAUGCACGGAUUCGAAGCUUGUCUCUCAAAUUGUACUCAUAUGGUUAAGUCCAGCAACUCCUCCAAUAUCUAUAAAAAAGCUUCACAAUAUCCCCGUGACGAUAUUACAUCCUCCUCACAAGGACAGGGGUCGAGCUAAAUUUUGGCAUCACGCUGUUUACCGCAACACCGAUGCCAUCUUAUCUCUGGACGAAAAUGAGACUAUCAUCAAGGAUGAGAUGAAUUUCGCUUUCGAUGUUUGGAAAAGCUUCCCCAAUACCCUGGUAGGUUACAGGGCUUAUUCCCAUAAUCGCAUUAUCUCUGCCCCAGAAGGCUCCAAUAUUAAAAACAUAGUAAACAAUUUGGAUACAGAUCCGGGUAAUCGUUAUAGCCUCGUGGCUACCAGUGCUGUCUUUUAUCACAAAUAUUAUAAUUACCUGUAUUCGCGUCUCUCCAACUUAACCCACGACACAAUCUCUCGUUAUACUCUUAAAGGAAGCUUAUGCAGCGAGGAUAUACCUAUGAACAUGCUCGUUGCCUCUAUAACCUCGGCUCCUCCUAUUAAAAUUGGUCCUAGACCUUUUUUACCCCUUUCCGACACGUUUUCUACCCACUAUAGGCAAAUUCAAACGGACCUACUCGAAAAUUGUUUCAUUGAAUUGGUUGAUAAUACCUCAACGACAGAUUUUCCGGACUUCCCUCUAAUCCAUUCAAUGGUUCGGGCUGACCCUCUUUUGUACAAAGACGACGUUGAUAUUAAUAGGAAAAAAUAUAAGGCUAUGGAGUUGGUCGCCUGAUUACAUUUUUUUUAAAAAAGAAAUCUGCUCAAACAACCCUCUUUCUAAGAACUAUGUCGUUAUGUAAAUAAAAAAAUAUCAGCUCAAAAGAGUAACUUAGGGUAACUAGAAUUUGAUUGGCGAAAUUCAUAAAAUCUUUUAAUUUCUUUUUUACUGCGUAUAUUGUAAAUUUAAAAAUGGAAUAAGGAAAUCACAAAAAAUUGCAAUGAUCUCUUAUAUAUAUUUUUUAAAUAAAAUACUGUAUUAUACAUAAUUUUAUUUUGGUUGUAAAAUUAUCGAAAUGGGCUUUACAAAUCAAAUCAACUGAGAAAUAUUGUGAUUAUUAUUAUUAUUAUAUAGUACAUAUUAUAAAUUUGCCUUAUUU